UUUAUGCAAAUUUUAUCAAUAAUGUGGGUACGUGGUCGAUGAAUAUACAUUGUAAUUAUUAUUCAAUAAAAACAUGGCUUUCAAGAAAAAGAGUGUUGAUUUCGUACAGAAGGAGCGAGAUGAGCUCUCUCACUUAAGACCAGUGAUAAUCUACAUCAGUGCUCCGUCUUCAGCUGCUAAAAGCUCACAGUACAAGCAUUUCGAGGCUGACCCCACCCUCCCAACUGGUGUACUGAAGAGAGAUGUCAGUCCCAUCAAUUUCUGUCUUAUAGAAGCGAGCAGCUCUGUAGAAGAACUUGGUAAACAAGUAUCGGUCGCCAUGGAGCUGUACAAAGAUGCCCCUCAUAAAGAGAUAGCUAUCAAUGCACACGGCACUCCUGAGGGUAUUCUAACGUCCUCUGGCGAUGAAGAAAAGACGAUACUUACUGGAGAACAGUUGGCUAAAAUGGUCCUGCCCCAUACUCACGAUCGCUUUCUUCAUGUAUUCAACUUUAUGUCGUAUGGACACUUUUUUGCUCAGGCGUUUUAUGCGGCCAUCAGAAGUGAGUCUGCUACCAACUCCAAAGUGGCGGUGACGUAUUUCACCUCAGCAAGCAAUCCGACCUCUUGGGACAAGAUAGCUACUUCUGGUAGUGGCCAUGUGGAGGUGACUCGAGAUCUCAAGGACUAUAUCCGUACCAAUAUCGAGCCCAACACACCACACAAGAUGAUUGACGAUCAUGUCAAACCUAGUUGUCUCAUUUUGUAAACUGCUGGAUUUUGAACAAUAAUAAUAAUUUUUCCUGAUACUCACCAAGCUGUUUUAAGUAUGUGUGUACAUAUAAUAUUAUGUGUUCUGAUUGACUAUUAUUAUGAUUCAACAAACACAAAAAAAGAUGAUUCUGCUUGA